AUGGUAGGCGCAGUUUCACGGAGACUACUUAAAGAACUCAAAGAUUACCAAAAAGAACCUAAUCCUGAUCUUGCUGAACUUUCACCAAUACAAGACGACAAUAUUUUGAUUUGGAAAGCGGAAUUACGAGGUGAAGCUGAUACACCUUAUGAAGGUAUUAUUAGUUUGGACAUCAGUGAAGAAAUGUAUUGUUGCAAAAGAGGCAAAGUCUUAAAAUGUGGUUUUAUACCAGGCGGACACUGGACUUUACAUAUAGAUAUACCUAAAACAUAUCCAAUCCAUCCUCCUAAAAUUAAGUUCGUAACCAAGAUUUGUCAUCCAAAUGUAUCUUUCAAGACAGGAGAGAUAUGUCUGGAUAUUUUGAAAACAGCAUGGAGUCCUGCUUGGACUUUGCAAUCCGCCUGUAUGGCAAUUAGGUUGCUAUUAUCUAAUCCAGAACCGACCAGCCCAUUAAAUUGCGAUGCUGCAAAUUUACUCAGAUGUGGAGAUCUCAUGGGCUACGAAUCCUUG